AUGACAUCUAUGAUGUUUGACAGAAUCAAACCAUCUGAUGAAGCUUCUGCUUCUUCAGCACAAGGAAUUGAAAGACAUGGUGUUGAAGGCUCUCUACAACAGGACAGCAAUAGCAGACCAACCUAUGAUGACAUGCCACUUCCCGUUGCUCCAGAGGCUGCUAGGAUUGCCUGCCUGUCCCCAGAAGAGGUGGAGAAAAAGAGGAAGCAAGACAGACAGGAGACUUCCAGCAAAGACCAGGAAUCCAUUGGUGAAAUAUGCUCUUCUGCUCCAUGUCUGUCUCGUGAGAGCACAAAGAAAACUUCUGUUACACAAGCAUUUAUUCAGAAACUAGAAAGAGGACAGCAACAUGUUAGAAGAAUAUCCCAGCAGUCUAUGGGCAUUUGUAGCAACGAGAAAUGGGAUAUCCUGAAAGAUGCUCAAAUUGCAAAUCAUAGCUAUGAAGGCCAGUUUACAGCUGUGAGCCCUGUACCUCAGUGGUUUUCAGUCAGUCCUUUAAUCCGUAGUUCUUCUGUUAGUCCUAAACCAGGAAAAAAUGAUACAAGUUUGGCAGCAUCAAAUCUGAUUCCACAUAGUGGAUGUGAUAAAACAGGAAUGGAGGUAUGCAAUAGUGAUGUGUUUUUGAAUCCAUGCUUGAAUUCUGCUCUGACACUGGUUCACCCAAAACGCCCUUCAGUUUCUCAUCAGAAUCGUAUGUGCAGCCACAACAAUUCUUUACAUAUUACCUCAGGUCGAUCUCUCUCAAAACGAGAUGGUUUACGAACUCAGGAUGAAACUUUGGUGUCUGAUUUCCAUCUCAGGGAUACUAUGGGUAUCAGCAGCACCCUAGAUCUUGGGACAUCCCCACAACUAGCAAGAUGCAAAAACGUGAAGAUGAACAGAGGUGAUGAAAGUUCAGUGGAUGACACUAUUGAAGAUGUUAUUUUGAAAUACUGCCAUGGAACUACAUCUGAAGAUAUGUAUUUCAAAGAGGAGAAUAAUCCCUGUUUAACUUUUUCAUCACUUCUGGACCGUACUCAUUUAGAGGGUUCUGAAAUGAGUUUUGACUGUGAUGCACCUAUUCAGGCAGGAACAGACUUACCCAAGGCAGCUAUAAAAGAUUUAGAAUUCCUAAAAGAGGUCCAAAUAAGUUUGCAAGAUAAAGACUAUGGAACACAGCUCUCUUCGGUUUUAAAAAGUGAGUCAGUAGAGAAAGUAGAAGCAGUAAAACAGGAUGUUGUAGUUCAUACUGAAGAACCAGUUCUUCCAGCUCUGCCUCAUGUGCCUCCUUCUUUUGUGGGAAAGACUUGGUCUCAAAUAAUGUAUGAAGAUGAUAUAAAAAUUGAAGAACUUGUGCGUGAUUUCAGGGAAGGUCGUUUUCGCUGCUACUUUGACAGUGAAUCCUCAGCCAACUCCUCAGAUACACUAUGCAACCCACAAACUCUUAAAAUGCCUAGGAAAAGGACUUGGCGCCUGGCUUCAAGAUGCCAGGUGGUUAAAGUCAGCCAUGGCACCCAAACCAGUCUAUUGAACUACCCUGUAGCAAAAAGAAAAAUGUCUAGAAGGGAAUCUGAUCCAGCUGAUCAGAAAGCAAGCAUUGUGUGGCCAGAGAAUGAAAAAACUCCAAACAUGAAAACUAGACUAUGUGCCCUUAAACUUCCCGAGUCCUAUAGCAAGAUUAUGAGUCCUGUACAGCCCAAGACAGUGGUGUAUGUACUUUCAUGCCCAGAGAUAAAACAGUGUAAAGGUAAACCUAUAGAUAUUCCCAAAAUGAGGAAAAAUCGUAGCUCCACAGAUAGCAAGGACUUUGUAAGGUAUAAAUACAAACAGUGUUCUUUUAAGUAUUAUGACCCACUGACAAAUCGAAUUCUGAAAACACCUCCCAAGAGUACAGUUGGAGAUAAGGCCAAAAAGCCCUCCCACGUUCGACAGCUUUUCAGAAGUCUCAGCUUUGAUGCAAACAUGAGGAAACUAGCUGAUGCACAGAGAGAAAGCUCACUGUCAAAGUCACUCAAUUGGUCAGACUUCUAUAGUUCAUCUUCAGCAUCUUUCCUGCCAGAUCCAGGUAAAGGGAAUGAUGCAGCCUCAAGUCAAAAAGCAGAUGGAUCUUCUGUUUCCACAGAAAAAACAGAUUGUCUGGUAUCUGGUCACUCUGAGAACUCUUUUAAACACCUGAUCAUUUCACCUUUGAACUCUCACCAGUCUGUGGUAGAAGGGGAUGGUAGAUUAACUCCAUUUAACAGUAGAGGUACCAAAACUCCUCUGACUUCCAUCAGGAGCGAGCGGUUAGAGAGGGAGAAUCCAAAGGCAAUGUGGAAGAGAAGAGAAAGCACUAAUAAAGAACCUGUUUUUUCCAGAAAGGCUGCAGGAUCUAUGUCUGUCAGGUGUACUGUUGGAAGGAGAGGAAACAGAGUAUCCACAGGCAAGCAAACUUCCAGAACUAAAAAACAGCAAAAAGAGGGGAUGAGAAGGAAACUUCGUCCUCGUGCCCAGAAAUCUUCUGCUUUCUCCAUGCAUAGGUGCCAGACAAGGAAAACUACAGUGGGAAAGCACCUUAAGAAAGAAAAGCCUGAUGCUAAAAAGUUAAAGGUAAGGAGGAAACCAAAAAGGACCUUUCUGAACUCAACAGUUGUCAAAGGGGUUCCUGAAAAGAGGCAGAAAGUCACAUCAGAAUCUUUUCCCAAGAAGCCAGAGCGAGCAUCUUCCAAAGUCGGUAACUGGGAAGUAAGUGGAGAUCGAGAUCACCCUAGCACUGUGAAUCGACCUUCUAGAAGAACUUCUGCUGUAUCGUUACUUCGAAACUGUCUUGUUCUACCAGACCUGCAUUGGAAUGAAACGGCAGGCGGUAUAGAGGGAGUACUGGCAGAUGAAGAGAAUACAUUUCAGCAGAACAAAAGCAGUAACAGUAAAAAUAACAGCUACAACAAUGCAAUCCAGAAAGAAAUCACACUGCCUUCAAGACUAAUCUAUUACAUCAACAGAGACUCUGAAACCCCUUACCAUAUCCUGGAUACUAGGGCAAGGCACCAGCAGAAACACGACAAGGCUGUACAUCUGGCCCAGGCAAGUUUCCAGAUUGAGGCCUUUGGUUCCAAAUUCAUCCUUGACCUCACAUUGAAUAAUGACUUGUUGUCUUCCAAUUAUGUGGAGAUUCACUAUGAAGAUGGAAAACCGAAGUUUUCUAAGGGUGGAGAGCAUUGUUACUACCAUGGAAAUAUCAGAGGUAUCGAGGAUUCCAAAGUUGCUCUUUCAACUUGUAAUGGACUUCAUGGUAUGUUUGAAGAUAGUACUUACUUGUACUUGAUAGAACCACUGGAACUGACCCACAGUGCAGAAAGUAAAAGUAGGCCACAUAUCAUCCAAAGAACUUACGGAACACAGGCCUCCAAACAGUUGCAGGACCUUGAGACUGAAUCUAGUUCUGAAUGGCCCUUUCUGUCUGAACUGCAGUGGCUGAGAAGAAAGAGAAGAAAGAGAGCAGUAUCUCGUGGUAUCUUUGAAGAAAUGAAGUAUCUGGAGCUCAUGAUAGUCAAUGACCAUAAAAUGUUCAAAAAGCACCGAUCUUCAAAUGCAUAUACAAACAAUUUUGCCAAGUCUGUGGUAAACCUUGUAGAUGCUAUAUACAAGGAGCAGCUGAACACCAGGGUGGUUCUUGUUGCUGUGGAAACUUGGACAGACAAAGAUCGUAUUAAUAUUCACCCUGACCCUCUGCAGAUGCUUCAUGAUUUCUCCAAAUAUCGACAGCACUACAUCAAACAGCAUGCUGAUGCUGUGCACCUGCUCUCGAAUGUGACAUUUCAUUACAAAAGGAGCAGCUUAAGUUACUUUGGAGGGGUUUGCUCUGUGACCAGAGGAGUAGGAGUGAACGAGUAUGGUCUCCCUUUGGCCAUGGCACAGGAACUGGCACAAAGUCUUGCUCAGAACCUUGGAAUACAAUGGGAGCCAGCUGCCAGGAAACCGAAGUGUGACUGCACUGAAUCCUGGGGUGGUUGCAUCAUGGAGGAAACAGGGGUGUACCAUUCCAGGAAAUUCUCCAAAUGCAGCAUUGCAGAAUACAAAGAAUUUUUGCUUCGUGGGGGAGGUGCCUGUCUCUUCAACAGGCCAACAAAGCUCUUUGAAACCACUGAGUGUGGAAAUGGAUAUGUAGAAGCAGGAGAAGAAUGUGAUUGCGGUUUCCGAAUGGAAUGCUAUGCAGACUGUUGUAAGAAGUGCUCUCUUUCUAAUGGAGCUCAUUGUAGUGAUGGACCCUGCUGUAAUACAUCGUGUCUUUUUUUCCCACGAAGUUAUGACUGUCGAUAUGCAGUGAAUGAAUGUGAUAUUGCAGAGUUCUGCACUGGAGAUUCUGGCCAGUGUCCUCCAAAUCUUCAUAAACAAGAUGGGUACGCCUGUGAUUCUAAUCAGGGUCGUUGCUAUAAUGGUGAAUGCAAGACAAGAGAUAAUCAGUGCAAAUAUAUCUGGGGAUCUAAGUCUUCAGGAUCUGACAAAUUUUGUUAUGAAAAGCUUAAUACGGAAGGCACAAAAAAAGGAAACUGUGGAAAGGAUGGAGACCGAUGGAUUCAGUGUAGCAAACAUGAUGUUUUCUGUGGCUUUUUGCUCUGUACUAAUCUUACUAAAGUUCCACGAGUUGGUCAAGUUCAAGGAGAAAUCAUCCCAAAUUCUUUUUAUCAUCAAGGACGAAUAGUGGACUGCAGUGGUGCUCAUGUUCUUUUAGAUGAUGAUACAGAUUUAGGUUAUGUGGAGGAUGGAGCUCCAUGUGGACCUCACAUGAUGUGUCUGGACAAAAAGUGCCUGCCAAUUCAGUCCUUGAACAUAAGCAGCUGUCCCAUUGGUUCUAAUGGAAAAGUCUGUUCCGGUCAUGGGGUUUGUAGUAAUGAAGCCACUUGCAUUUGUAAUUUCUCCUGGGCUGGGACAGACUGCAGUAUUGAUGAUCCUGUCAGGGAUACUGGUAGCAAAAAGGAUGAAGGACCCAAGGGUCCUAGUGCCACCAAUCUUAUAAUAGGCUCCAUCGCUGGUGCCAUCCUGGUAGCAGCUAUUGUCCUUGGGGGGACAGGAUGGGGCUUUAAAAAUGUCAAAAAACGAAGGUUCGAUCCAAGUCAACAAGGGCCUAUCUGA